UGUGUGGAUGUAGCAAGGGAAAGAGUAGGGCUUGAUAGACUAAUUGAAUUCAAGAAUCCUUGGUUAGAACAAAGAGCUGCACUGAGCAUGAAAAUGUCCCACAAUGGAGGAAGACUGAGACUUUAUUGUGCAUGUCGGAAUGGGCCCAGUUGGGCUCUUAUCUGCCAUCAGACUCUUUGUGUCCUUCCCCAGGAGGUUCUUUAAUGUGUCUCACCCUUUGCUUUGCAGUCAAAUGUUUACGUUUCUGCCUAAACACAACAUUAACUGCGGCACAAAGGCCGUUACUAUGAAACUGCAGCAUGUCGGCCACUAGGAGGGACCUGGAAUGGAGCCCAAAAGAAGGGAAAAUUAUCUCCUCCAUAGUGAGGGUCAAUGCCACUGAUCUGCUAUUGGCUGGGUGAGCUGCUGUUUUGUACACAGAGCUGAUAAUUAUCUGGAGUAAGUGUCCCAUUUUCCCUGCAGGAUAUAAAAGGGGGAGAGGUAGAAGUUACACCCCGCGGGUUUGCUGGAGAGCAGGAAUUGCAGAGGGAUAUGCGAGCCGAGGGCCACAGGACUGCCGACCACUGACUAUACAGCAGUAUUUCCUACAGGGAGCAGGAUAGAAAGAAUGGAUUUCCCACAUUUUCCCAACUGAGAAUCCCAAGGAUUGUUCCAGCCUCUCAUUGGAUUGUUCCAGACACAGACAGAGCUUAUUGUUAAUAUCUGCCUGUAACGUGGAGCAAUGGUGUUUUGGGGUGUCAGUCUGGUAACUCUACUCAUUGCAUCGGCUGCAGCCAAGUGCACCCCCAACAAAGUAGAUGCCAUCAUUGUGCAUUGUUACCCCAGGUCUAUAGUUGCUAAAAUCCCUGAAUGUCCGUACGGAUGGGAGAUCCACCAGCUGGCUAUGGGAGGGGUCUGCUACAAUGGGGUCAUUGAGUCGGGAUAUUACCAGUUCACUAUCCCUGACUUAUCCCCCAGGAACAAGUCCUACUGUGGGACCCACUCUGAAUUCAAAAACCCAAUCUACCACUUCUACAACUCCAUUGUGUCCAACGACAGCACCCUCAUAGUCAAGAGUCAGCCGGUCAACUACUCGUUCACUUGCACCUACCAGUCCAAUUACCUGGUUAGCCACGGAGCCUUCGACCAAAGAGUAGCUACAGUUCAUGUGAAGAAUGGCAGCUCGGGAUCCUUUGAAAGUCAACUGUCUCUCAAUUUCUACUCUAACGCCAAGUUUUCUUCCCAGAAGGAAGCUCCGUUUGUGGUGGAAACGUCGGACAUUGGCACAGAUGUGUUUGCUGGAGUGGAAGCCAAAGGGCUCAGCAGCAGGUUUAAAGUGGUUCUGAAUUACUGUUGGGCGACCCCUUCACCAGAUUAUGCCUAUCACAUUCAGUGGCAGCUGAUCAGCAAAGGGUGCCCCUCUGAUAACACAGUGUUGGUACAUGAGAAUGGGAAGGACAGCAGGGCCACGUUUCAGUUCAACGCCUUCCGCUUCCAGAAUGUUCCCAAACUAUCCAAGGUCUGGCUGCACUGUGAGACCUACAUGUGCGACAGUGAGAAAUUCUCCUGCCCUGUGUUAUGUGGAAAGCGCAAACAGCAAAAUGAGCAGAGCGGAGGUGUUUUAGUAGCGGAAUUGAUUCUCCAGAGCUCUGCACCCAGCCACUGCUCCAGUCUCGCAGUAAUCCUGCUCCAUAUGAUGCCAUUGGUAGGGAUUUACAGCCUGUGGGUUUGAAAUGAGACCCUUGAAGACUUCUGCGAGGGGAUCGAGACUUCUCUCUUCCAGAUGAGACCAGAUGAGAGCGCUUUGUAUGGCCAGUCCCUCACUGUGCUCAGGACAAGUGGAACCAGUUAUCCCUCUAAUGUGCUCAGUCUCCCUGUUACAGGCUCCAUUCAUCUCGCAAGAAACAUUGUACUGUCUAUUGAUUGGUUAUUACAUGGACCACAAGUUGUUAUCAUUGGGUCUUUAAUGUGUCUCUUGUAAUGGCGCUCUCCUUUAUGUUUCACAAUGGUGCAUAAAAAUGUAAACUGAAUUUUAUCAACUAAAACAUUGUAGAAUUUGUUUUUCUUUUGGCUUCUCUCAAAAUCCCAUGAACUCACAUUCUGUUCUUCUCUCUAUUUCUCUAUCACAUUCUGUGAUCGUUCAUUUAUGUUUCUUACAGACGAAGCUCAGCUUAAAAUUAACUUUU